AUGGUGUUGCUGGCCGGGCCCGGGCCGGAGGGCGGCGGGGCGCGCCGCGUGCCCCCGCAGACGCCGUCCCCACCCCGGGGCGCUCUGGUCGGGGAGGACCCUGGCGACUACGAAGAGUACGAGGACUUCUCGUGUCUGCCCGACACCCGCAGCAUCGCCUCGGACGACUCCUUUUACCCUGUCGGAGGCGAGGAGGAAUACGGCACCGCGAGUGCGGAGGUCGUCCCAGAGGGCGUCCCGGAGGAGGCGACCCUCCUGCGCGCCGCCUGCGCCAACGACGUGGGGCUGCUGAGGGAGCUGGUGCGGCGGGGGCCGAGCGCUGAGGAGGUGCAGGAGACCGACCGCAACGGCCGGACUGGCCUUAUUGUCGCCUGCUACCACGGCUUUGUGGAUACUGUGGUGGUCUUAGCAGAGUGCCCCCACGUUGAUGUCAACUGGCAGGACAGCGAGGGGAACACGGCCCUAAUCACAGCCGCACAGGCAGGGCAUGCCACCAUCACCAACUACUUGCUGAACUAUUUUCCUGGCCUUGACCUUGAGAGGAGGAACGUGUUUGGGUUCACUGCCCUAAUGAAAGCCGCCAUGCAGGGCCGAACGGAGUGCAUCAGAGCCCUGAUGCUAGCAGGAGCAGAUGUCCAUGCCAGGGACCCCCGCCGUGGGAUGUCGCCCCAGGAGUGGGCCACUUACACUGGACGGGUGGAGGCUGUCCGCCUCAUCCAGAGGCUGCUGGAGCGACCCUGCCCGGAGCAGUUUGGGGAAAAAUACAAACCAGAGCUGCCGCUGCCUCCGGAGGCCGUUCUGAAGCCCUCGGGCUCCAAAAACUGCUUGCAGAAGCUCACCGAGCUUGUGCGGUCCGCGCUGACCUCCCGCUCACGCCAGGGCCUGGAGGAUGGGGGUGUCCUGGACCACAUGGUCAGGAUGACCACGAGCCUGUACAGCCCCGCCGUCGCCAUCGUCUGCCAGACUGUGUGCCCCGAGAACCCCCCCUGUGUGGGGAAGAGGCGGCUGGCGGUGCAGGAAAUCCUGGAGGCUCAGGGGAACCGGGACACGCACGCCCAGGAGAGUGACAAGAUCCAGGGCUCUGAGCAGCCAUUCCGGACCUCCCAGGCCGUCGGGGUCUCCAGAGAGGUGGCCCCGAGAGCCAGCCUCCCGUCUCCGCAGCUGCCGGGUGCCCCGCGGAGGACCAGCCUCCUGCCCCUGCAGCUGCUGCGGAGGAGCAGCGUGCGGCCCGGCGUGGUCAUCCCCAGGGUGCGCAUCAGCAAGGCGCCCGCGCCCACCUUCCAGCCGGAGCGGACGGCCGCCAAGGGCAGCACCAAGGACAGCGCCCACUUGCAGCUCCCCAAGUGGCGGUACAAGGAGGCCAAGGAGGAAAAGAGGAAGGCGGAAGAAGCGGAGAAGCAGCGGGUGGCGGCGACGGCGCAGAAGGAAAAGCGGACGUCCUCCUGGAGGAAAAGGACGUGA